AUGGAUUACGCAGUUCAUGCGAGCAUUCCAAUCAAUCAAUCAGCUUCUAUAUCGCACACUUAUAUUUCGAGAGACAACCCAAUGAGCAAUGAGGCGACGAACAUCGGGGCGAGUCCCUCGUCUGAACGUGAAGACAAAGUUAUGUUAGAUUUCUACAUUGGCCUUGGACUUGCGGUAUCUUCCUCGUUAUUCAUCGGUUCCUCAUUUAUCAUCAAGAAAAAGGCCCUAAUAAAGCUAGCGAGCGAAGAAUGUACAGCAAGAGCUUCGGAAGGCGGCUUUGGUUAUUUAAAGGAAUGGAUGUGGUGGUUGGGUGUGAUCACAAUGGGUCUUGGCGAGGCGUGCAAUUUUGCUGCUUAUGCCUUUGCACCGGCGAGUCUUGUCACUCCACUGGGGGCACUUUCUGUGCUCGUUACGGCAGUACUAUCUUCACAUCUACUCAAAGAGCGACUCAACUUGUUAGGGAAAAUUGGCUGUGCUGUUUGUCUUCUGGGAAGCACGGUAAUUGUGAUCCAUUCCCCUAAAGAGGAAGAAGUUGCGUCAAUGGCUGAUCUCGCCCUAAAAAUGAAAGAUGCUGCUUUCAUUUUGUACGUGAUCGCAGUGAUUCUGGCGACAUUAUUCAUUGUGAUUUACAUUUGUCCCCGAUAUGGACGUUCAAACAUUCUCUGUUACAUUUCCGUCUGCUCUUUGAUUGGAUCACUUUCUGUUCUUUCCGUGAAGGGUCUCGGCCUCGCCAUUAAAGAAACUCUCUCCGGAAAUCAGCAAUUUACGAAUUUGCUCACCUAUUUUUGGCUUUUCUCAGUUAUUGCGUGCGUCUCCGUUCAAUUGAUUUAUCUAAACAAAUCUCUCGACAUAUACAACACCUCAAUGGUUACGCCCAUUUAUUAUGUGUUUUUCACGACUUUUGUAAUUUUGGCAUCGUCAAUUCUAUACAAAGAAUGGAGUUGCCUGGGUGCGUCAGAUGUGAUUGGAAACGUGAUAGGAUUUUUGACAACUAUAAUUGGCAUCUUCCAGAUGCAACUCUUCCGUGAUGUAAAUAUCUCCCUUCGACAUGUGCGUGUUCUUCUCAACAAACCAUCAUGUUCUCUUUCACAACUCGAGUUCCACAACUCAACCAGCUCGUUGGUGGACGACUUGUCUCCACAACAAAGGAGAAAUGUUUAUACA